UUCCUUGUACGCCUGCGCAAUUACCCUAGCAACAACAACGCCAUUGUUCGGUGGAUACACGUUAUUUGUCUGAAUUUAUUGGUGUAUUUGCUGGAUUUGGUACAUUAGUUAUCAUUUAAAAUGCCACCAAAACAACCAGCAAAGGGGAAGCAGGCAGCUGCCAAGUCCAAGCAAACAAAAGGACCAGGUAUUCUUCACAAAAAGGAUGGAGAUGACAUGACAGAUAUAGGAGAUGGUACUGAGGCUGAAGAUUGGAUGCAGCACAAAAAUCUAGUCAAACCUGAGGACCAGUUAGAUUUAAAUGAAGGUCAACUGAAGGAAGAGUUCACCAGAAUUCUAACUGCAAACAAUCCACAUGCACCACAGAAUAUUGUUAGAUACAGCUUCAAGGAAAGGCAGUAUAAACAAACUUCAAGUGUUGAUCAAUUAGCCAUCCAUUUCGCCCUUGAUGGUAACAUGAUUCAUAAAGAAUCAGAUGAAGCUAAAAGGCAAAGAGCAAGACUUGGAAUUCCAGAAGCUGUACCAAGUGAACAUGCAGGAAGUGAAGGAGGGGAGGCCACUCCAGCAGCAGGAGCAGCAGAGGGGGAAGAACAGGCUAAAGAAGAAGCAGCUGAAGAAGCUAAGGACGGGGCAGCAACUCCAGCUCCAGCUGAAGGUGAAUCUACUGGAUCCAAAAAAUUGACAAAUCAGUUCAACUAUAGUGAAAGAGCAUCACAGACAUACAACAAUCCAUACAGGGAAAGGGGAACUGCCACAGAGCCACCACCAAGAGCCACAUUUUCUGGUAAUGUUACACAAUGGGAUAUAUUUGAUGCAUACCAAGAAGACUUUGAAAAACAAAUGGAAACAUUAAGAGAAAAGCAAGCAUAUAAACCACCGACCGCUUUCCAGCAGAUUGUUCAAGAGAAGAGCAAAGAGAAGAAAGUUGUACCUGGUAGAAGGGAGGAAGAGAAAACUAGGAAGAAGUUAACAAUUACUGAAACUCAGGGAGAAGAUAUAUCUCGGUUAAAUAAAGCAUCCAAGAUUGUAGAGAGAAUGGUCAACCAGAAUACAUUUGAUGAUAUUGCUCAAGAUUUCAAGUAUUGGGAAGAUCCAUCAGAUGAAUACAGAGAGAACGAGGGAACGCUGUUACCUCUGUGGAGAUUUACAUACGAGAAAGCUAAGAAGUUGGCAGUCACCUCACUCUGUUGGAAUCCAAAAUACAAGGAUUUAUUUGCUGUUUCUUUUGGUUCUUACGAUUUCAUGAAACAAGGAAAUGGUAUGAUCUUGUUCAACAGUAUGAAGAACCCAUCCUUCCCUGAAUUUGUUUAUGAAACAGACAGUGGUGUUAUGUGUUUAGACUUACACCCAGAACACCCCUAUCUGAUAGCUGUUGGAUUUUAUGACGGUAGUGUAGGCAUCUUCAAUGUGGAGAGAAAAGAACCUGUUCAUAGGUGUACUGCUAAAAAUGGAAAACAUACAGACCCUGUCUGGCAGGUACGCUGGCAGGCAGAUGACUUAGAAAACAAUCACAAUUUUUACUCUGUGUCUUCAGAUGGAAGAAUUGUACACUGGACUAUAAUCAAGAAUGAGUUGACAUACCAGGAUGUGAUCUGUUUAACUUUACCUGACACAACUGCUGAAGGUCCUGAUGGUACAAAAGUUAAUACUGUUGGUUGUGGUACAGCCUUUGACUUCCAUAGAAAGAAUGAUUACUUGUUUUUGGUGGGCACUGAGGAGGGCAAGAUCCACAUGUGUUCUAAAGCCUAUACCAGUCAGUUCCUUGAUUCAGUUGAUGCCCACAAUAUGGCCGUAUAUAAAGUACGAUGGAAUCCAUACCAUCCAAACAUUUAUGUUACCUGUAGUGCUGAUUGGACUGUCAAAAUAUGGGAGAUGAGCAGUAAAACCAGCAUAGACAAAUCUGAUACUUCUAAUGAUGCUAAUUCAAGAAAACCAUUAUUUACUUUUGAUUUGAACAACUCUGUUGGUGAUGUAGCCUGGGCACCAUACUCUUCAACUGUUUUUGCUGCUGUUACUGCUGAUGGAAAAGUGUUUGUAUAUGACUUGCAUAUCAAUAAAUAUGAACCAUUAUGUGAACAGAUGGUAGCUCAGAAGAAGAAGACCAAAUUAACCCAUAUAGAAUUUAAUCCAGUUUAUCCAAUGGUUAUAGUUGGAGAUGAUAGAGGAAAUGUAACCAGCUUGAAAUUGUCACCAAAUUUGAGAAAAAUGCCAAAGGAAAAGAAAGGAGCAGCACCAAUAGAUCCAAAACAGAGAGAAGAAAAUGAAAUUGCCAAAUUAGAAAAGCUGUUGUCUAUGGUGAGAGAACCACCAGUAGAUUCAGUGAAAAAGUAAAUUCAGUGAACGUGACUUUAUAGAUAAGAAAUGAACCCAAAGUGACACCCGUCCAGUGAAAAUGACAUUUCACUUUUUUAAGAAAAGCAUGUUAUAAAUGAUUGUUAUUGACUUUUUGUUUGUUUUAAAUGUUUGAAUGACUGCUUGAAUUUUGAAAAUGUGAGCAAAUGUGAUAACUAUUUAAUUGAUGCAUUUUUUACUCUAAUGUAUAUAAAAUUUACAAAACUGUUCAUAUUAUGAAACAAAUAUAAAUUUAUUAAAUUGUUUUGAUAUUUAUCAAA